AUCAGAGCACUUCCCCGGUCCUCUCCGUGGGAGCCCGCGAGCCUCUCUCCCUCAUCUUACGUGCUCAAGGGCAUUGAUACAUUCACCAAUUCACCCUUGAAAUAAUCUCAAGAACAAAAGGCAGCUGAAAGAAGCUGUUCUGGAAGUAGAGCAGCAUCCGGUGAAGAGGCAGAAACCAGUCCCAGGGGUGCCACGGGAAGGCAGGAGCAAGGGCAUUGGUCCUCAAUUCCACAGGACGGUCAAGUCUAAAUGUGAUGGCUGUGCCGCCUGGCCCUCUGCAGCUGCUGGGAGUGCUGCUUACCAUUUCCCUAAGCUCCAUCAGGCUCAUUCAGGCUGGUGCCUACUAUGGGAUCAAGCCACUGCCACCUCAAAUUCCUCCUCAGAUGCCACCGCAAAUUCCACAAUACCAGCCCCUGGGUCAGCAAGUACCUCACAUGCCUAUGGGCAAAGAUGGCCUUGCCAUGGGCAAGGAGAUGCCUCACUUGCAGUAUGGCAAAGAGUAUCCACACUUACCCCAAUAUAUGAAGGAAAUUCAACCUGCUCCAAGAAUGGGCAAGGAAGCGGUACCCAAGAAAGGCAAAGAAAUACCAUUAGCCAGUUUACGAGGGGAACAAGGUCCCCGUGGAGAGCCUGGCCCAAGAGGACCACCUGGGCCCCCUGGUUUGCCAGGGCAUGGGAUACCUGGAAUCAAAGGAAAACCAGGGCCACAGGGAUAUCCAGGAGUUGGAAAGCCAGGUAUGCCUGGAAUGCCAGGGAAGCCAGGAGCCAUGGGAAUGCCUGGGGCAAAAGGUGAAAUUGGACCUAAAGGGGAAGUUGGGCCUAUGGGGAUCCCAGGACCCCAAGGACCUCCGGGGCCUCAUGGACUUCCUGGCAUUGGGAAGCCAGGUGGGCCAGGGCUACCAGGACCACCUGGAGCAAAGGGUGAUCGGGGCCCCAAAGGACCACCAGGACCUCCAGGCCUUCAGGGUCCUAAAGGAGAGAAGGGCUUCGGGAUGCCAGGUUUGCCAGGCCUGAAGGGUCCUCCAGGGAUGCAUGGCCCUCCAGGCCCUGUUGGACUGCCAGGAGUGGGCAAACCAGGAGUGACAGGCUUCCCUGGCCCCCAGGGCCCCCUGGGAAAGCCAGGGCCUCCAGGAGAACCUGGGCCACAAGGUCCUAUUGGUAUACCAGGGGUUCAAGGACCUCCUGGGAUACCUGGAGUUGGAAAACCAGGCCAGGAUGGGAUCCCUGGCCAGCCAGGAUUUCCAGGUGGCAAAGGAGAGCAAGGACUGCCAGGGCUGCCAGGACCCCCAGGCCUUCCAGGGAUUGGGAAGCCAGGCUUCCCAGGACCUAAAGGUGACCGAGGCGUAGGGGGUCUUCCUGGGGCUAUUGGACCAAGAGGGGAGAAAGGACCAGCAGGUGCCCCUGGAGUGGGAGGUCCCCCAGGAGAGCCAGGCCUGCCUGGAAUCCCGGGUCCUAUGGGUCCUCCAGGUGCUAUUGGUUUUCCUGGGCCCAAGGGAGAAGGUGGGGUUGUGGGGCCACAGGGGCCACCAGGUCCCAAAGGUGAGCCAGGGCUUCAAGGGUUCCCAGGAAAGCCAGGUUUCCUUGGUGAAGCAGGACCUCCUGGCAUGAGGGGUUUGCCAGGUCCCAUAGGGCCCAAGGGGGAAGCUGGGCUCAAAGGUUUGCCAGGGCUCCCUGGUGUUCCAGGGCUUCUUGGACCAAAGGGAGAACCAGGAAUCCCAGGGGAUCAGGGUUUACAGGGCCCUUCAGGUAUCCCAGGGAUUGCAGGCCCUAGUGGCCCCAUUGGACCACCUGGGAUUCCAGGCCCCAAAGGAGAACCAGGCCUGCCGGGGCCCCCUGGGUUCCCUGGUGUAGGGAAGCCUGGAGUGGCAGGACUUCAUGGCCCACCAGGGAAGCCUGGUGCCCUUGGUCCUCAAGGCCAACCUGGCCUUCCAGGGCCCCCAGGCCCUCCAGGGCCCCCAGGCCCCCCAGCUGUGAUGCCUCCUACGCCACCACCCCAUGGAGAGUAUCUGCCAGAUAUGGGGCUUGGAAUUGAUGGCGUGAAACCUCCCCAUGCCUACGGGGCUAAGAAAGGCAAGAAUGGAGGGCCAGCCUACGAGAUGCCUGCAUUUACCGCUGAGCUCACCGCACCUUUCCCACCAGUGGGGGCCCCAGUGAAGUUUGACAAACUGCUCUAUAACGGCAGACAGAACUACAACCCACAGACGGGCAUCUUCACCUGUGAGGUCCCCGGUGUCUACUACUUUGCAUACCACGUUCACUGCAAGGGGGGCAAUGUGUGGGUUGCUCUGUUCAAGAACAACGAGCCCAUGAUGUACACAUACGACGAGUACAAAAAGGGCUUCCUGGACCAGGCAUCUGGGAGUGCGGUGCUGCUGCUCAGGCCCGGAGACCGGGUGUUCCUCCAGAUGCCCUCAGAACAGGCUGCAGGAUUGUAUGCUGGGCAGUACGUCCACUCCUCCUUUUCAGGAUAUUUAUUGUAUCCCAUGUAAAAAAAAAGAAAAAAGAGAGAGAUUUAAUAGAAGAAAAGAAAAUGAUGCACCAAAAAAUCCAAAUGAAAAACAUACUUGCUUCAAAACACUUAUAUAGUUGGAAAGUUAUAUUUAAGUGAAAAUUUGGACCAUCAUGUACAAAUAAAAACUAAGAUGCAUGUUUAAUACACUGCACAGCAGCUUGUAAUUGAAAAAUGAUGGGAUAGAUUUAUGUAUCAAGUACUGACACUUGUGUUGUACCCACUGGAAUCAUAUUAGCUGUUGUAUGUUAUAUGCUUCCACAGUAACCUGCUUAUUCAGAUCAGUCAAAAUAUUUCAGUAUGAACGAUCAUAGCUAAUGAAAGUCACUCAUAUUGUUUACUUUAAAAUAUUUAUAAAUAUGCCUUAAAGAAAUGUCAAUGAUAACAAUUACAUACCGUAUUUACUUGCAUAAUUUCCUCUAUAUUUGUGCAGAUACUUUGCCAUGGAAUGUGCUGGGGAGGGGUCUGCGGUGUCACAGCCCCAGUGGGAGGGGGCCAUGGGACUAUGGUAAUACGUUAGUCGAAGGGUUAUUUCAUUCAUGUCAGAGGCUAUGUCUUUUAGCAAC